AUGUUCGGGCUUGCACUGGCGAUCUACAGACUGUUCAUCGUCUGGAAUCGCAGCAAGAAAGUCAUAGUCGUCCCUGCGACACUAUGUCUUGUCAACGCCGUGUGUGGCUAUCUUACACUGGGACCCUUGACUACAACGUUCAUUUUGCUCGGGUUCAUCCUGCUGUCAUUAGUCUCCAACGUGCUCUGCUCGGUUCUCAUAAUCUGGCGGGUCUUCCGCAGCGCAAACCAUAGCACGCCGUUCUCAGCGCGGUUCAAGCUAUACCAGAAGGUUGCCGAGGCCAUCGUGCAGUCCGCCGCAAUUUACUCGACGGCAUCCAUCGCUCUCGGGCUCACUUUCUUCUUCAAUCCCAACAACAAGCCCGGCUUCCUAGUAUGCCUCGCCGUGUUCCCGCCACUCAUUGGCCUGGUAUUUUCGUUCAUAGUUCUUCGAAUGGCCAGGACCUCUGCAGAGGACGCAGCCCGUCGUUCUUCGCACACAGGGAACGACAAGCGCCACACCAUCAUCGCUCCGAACCGCCGCUCCAUGAGCGUCCAGUUGCACAUGCCUCCCUUUCCACCUCCCGCGUUUCAUCUCGCAACUCUCGAUUUCCCGGAAGACGCCCGGGUGACGGAUAGCAGCAACGCAAGCACGAACACAGUCAAGCCGGUGAACCCGCUGACGCGGAACAACACGUCGCUGGCCGAAGACCUUGGCCUGGAAGGCCCACCUGGAGGGAACGACCUCGACGUGCUGGAUGUACGUACGUCGAAGUCAUCGUGGAGCGAUUCGGGAGGGCUCAGAUAA